AUGUCACGCCAUCGAAAUAUCAGAAAACUCAAUGUUGCAGAAAUUUUUGAGGAAGAGUACGAAUACGAAGAGGAAUAUGGAGGUGAAAAUUUUGAAAUGACAUUAAAGCAUAAAAAACAAAUGGAAGAAGGAAAGAUAAAGGUUAAAAGCGUAAUAGGACAAGUGGAAGGUGUCACCGAUAAAGAUAUUGAAGAUACAUUAUGGUAUUACUAUUUCGACACCGAAAAAACUAUAAACUGGCUAUUAGAUAAAGUUCAUAAGGCUCAAUCACGAAAACAAAAGCAAUCUCAAAAGCAGGCUCCUUCAAAUAACUCACAAGAAAACAAAGAUCCCAAUAUUAAUAUGAACAAUUCAUUGUUGAAAGAUGGAUAUCUUUGUCCUACGACUCCCCGAACAAAAACACCAAUUUUUAGGUGUUCACAGCCAGUAAUUGAUUCAUUGUCAAAAAACAGUAAAAUAAUAAGCUGUAUCACUCUGUGGGAUAUUUGGUCAGGACAUAAUGUCAACUGGAGGCGUCUUUUGAACAACACAAAAUCGUCCGUAGAAACCCCCAUUUUCGCAUUAAAUCAAAAUUGUUUUGCUCGUGGCGGAUUAUUAGGUGGCGCUGAUUCAGAAAACCCGAAUUCCCAAACUAGACUUUCAUCUAUAAGAUCUACAUCUGCAUCUUUGGUUUCUUUAUCAGAUUUGUCUUCAAAUUCUCGAUCGAGCGUCAAACAAUCUCAAAAAUCAUCAUUAUCUGCUUUGGCUGCAAAUUCACUACAAAAGAAAGAUUCAGAAUCACUUACAAAGUCGGUUCUGUCCUCAAAUUCUGGACAACAAAGUCAAGGAUUAUCUUUGUCAUCAUUGGCACAAGAAUCUUUAUCACGUUCAACCGGUCGAAUUUCAUUGACAAAACUCGUGCCAAGCAAAAGCAAGACAACUCAUUCAUCACAAUCGACAAAUCUAAAUACUAGAAUAUCUCAAAAAUUAAUCUCAUCUGAUUUAAAUUUCUCAAAGACGAGAUUGUCGACAACAUCGCCAAACCUCUCUGAUUCAACGCAUCCACUGGAGCAGUCGUCAUCCAAUUUAGAUUCUAAUGCAUCAAUUUCAUUUAAUUCGAAUCAUACGGAACACAGUUUUUUGAAAUCUAGUUUUGGAUCUCAGCCUUUAAACUUUCAGAAGGACACAAUACCACAUUUUCCGACAACAGAUAGCGUGAAUACCUUGCAGAUCCAAGCUCCAUCGAACCCUCUUAUUGCGCCUCCAUCCAUAUUCGCUAUUGCAAUGUUUGCAAAACUACAAGAUGUGCAGUUACCUUCUAACGACCUUUUUACAUUUGAACUUUACGCAACAGGGUCAAGUAAUCAAGAAGGUUUUGCAUUUGAUAAACCAAGUCCGGAUGAUAUUGUUUUAAAUGCUCAGAGCAAAAAAGCUUCUAGUGCUUCAAAAAGCAAACAAAUAGCUACAAAACCAUCCCCGUUGUUACCACCAGUGCAUGCAAUGAAUAAUGGAACAAAAAAAAGUAUAGAUGCAUCAAUUAAAAAGAGCGAUGAUGAUAUUGAAAUUUUAGAGGAAGAAUAUAAAGAAGAUGAGCAAUUGAAAUUUGAUAUCGGUGCACUUUCUUUGAAUUCCGAAGCAGAGUCAACAAAAAUUUCAUUUAACAAUAUCACAACACCUAUUAAAGAAUCUGAAAAUCAAGGAGCAGUAUCUCCUCAGUUAUUGUCAAAUGAGCAAAAAAUUCCAACAAAGGCAAACAUAAAGUCUUCAAAACGUAUUGAUGUCAUUGAAGAAUAUAAAAAGCGUGAUGCUGAAAAGUUUCCAUUAAAUUUAGUGGUGAUCGGGCAUGUUGAUGCUGGAAAAAGCACUCUUAUGGGACACUUGUUGUAUUUACUCGGUGAGGUUAAUGAGAAAGCUAUGAAACAAUAUGAAAGAGAUUCUUCAAAAAUUGGAAAAUCAUCUUUCGCUUACGCGUGGGUUCUUGACGAAACUGGCGAAGAACGAAACAGAGGCAUUACAAUGGAUAUUGCUAUUAGAAAAUUCGAAACAAAAAAUCGCCGGUUUACUUUAUUAGACGCUCCUGGCCAUAGGGACUUCAUUCCUAAUAUGAUUUCAGGAGCUUCACAAGCUGAUGUUGCUAUCCUCGUGGCUGAUGCUACAGUUGGAGAAUUUGAAUCUGGUUUCGAAGCAAAUGGUCAAACUAAAGAGCAUGCAUUAUUAAUUAGAAGUUUAGGUGUCCAGCAACUAGUUGUUGCUGUAAAUAAAUUAGACACUGUAGAAUGGUCAAAAGCUCGAUAUGAUGAAAUAGUAGAAAAGUUGGGGGCCUUUUUAAGCCAGGCUGGCUUUAGAAAAGAUAAAAUCGCAUAUAUACCAUGCAGCGGAUUGAUAGGGGAAAACAUUAUCCGCAGAUCACCAGGUAUUUUAAAUUGGUAUAGCGGAGAGACUUUAGUUCAGCAAAUAGACAAGUUUGAACCACCUACACGUCUUCUGGAAAAACCAUUUCGUCUUUCCGUGUCUGACUUUUUUAAGGGAGGCAUAGGAAAUAUUGCAGGUGUUACUGUUGCUGGUAGAAUAGAAAGUGGCACAAUACAAGUUGGGGAAGAAAUUAUAGUAAUCCCCGGCGGAGAGAGUGGCGUAGUCAAAUCUUUGAUAGUUAAUGAAGAGUCGUCUAAGUGGGCAGCAGCUGGGGAUUCUGUGAUGUUGACUUUGACAGACCUUGAUAUUCUGCAACUUAA